GACUUCUCCUUGUUCAUCACUCUACCUAUUUAGAAAAUCAGAAUUUUCAAUCCAAUUUCAAUAAACCAAAAAAAACACAAAUUCAAUUCCAUUCUCUUUGUUCAAUCUAUAAUUCAGACCAACACCACCAACGACCACCAUCUUCCACCACCAUAACCACUACUAUCGACCACCACCAACCGCCCAGCACCACUCGACUGCCACUGUCCACCACCGCACACCCACCGUAUCCCUCCCCUGCUCCCUUUUCUCUUCGUGUAUCCCAUGCCUUUCCCCCCCCCCCGCCUUGCAACACCACCCACGACAACCAGCACAACCUCCAGCCACCUUCAUCACCUUGUCAAUCAACCACCUCCCCAAAAUAACCCGGCGAGCCGCCCGAAACCGCCCAAAAACACCCCCCGAAUCUCCCCUGUUUUCGCCACUUCAUGCCCCACUUUCUCGCUCCCUCGCCGUUCUGCCGCCACCAAACCACCGCCAUCACUGUCGCCUUCGUCGGCGCAUCAUCACGUCACCGAGCCGCUCAGUCCAGCCACCUUGUUCCUCCCCCAUCUCUCUCUCCUCCCCUGCAUCCCAUGCCCUUCCCCUGUUUUCUCUUCUCCCUUGCUCGCCGCACCACCAGCACCACGCCGCCACCAUCACCGGCGCCUCCUGGCGCGGCUCCGGUGCUGCUGCGCCACCCAGGAACCCAACCCGAUCUCCUUCCUCCCUUCCUCUGCUCGUGCACCCUCCCCUGCCUGCUCGUGCUUUUCAUUCCCAGAAAAACCAAAAUCAAUUAAGUUUCAAUUCCUCAAACCCCUAAUAAGUUGGGCCAUAUUUCAUUUGGGCUUUUGGAAAUCGGGCUUGGAGCUCAGGAAGAAUGAUCCAUCAGACGGGAAGUAUAAAACGACGGUUGAGGUACCGCUAGGAUCGAUGGGAACGAGUAGUGGCGAGGAUUUCACUUUAAUAAUUUCCACCUAGUUUAUGUUUAAAGUUUUAAUAGUUAAUUGAAGAUUUUUAGUAAGUUAUGUACUUUGACUUUGGGAAUAUAAAGGAUUAUUAUAUUA